GCAGCCAAGUGCUAAGUUUUUGCAUUGCAAUUUUGUUAAUUGUUUGCCUCAUGUAGAAGGCACUUCUAGCACGUAAAUAAUAAUUAUGCCUGGCACAGUUCUAUUACACUUGUAUCGGAGCGCACAGUAUGACAGCGAAUACGCUGAAGAGCACGCCGCACAGGAUACGCCGGAUAGGCGAAAGCCUGCAGAUGUUGACGCAGGAGGCGCGACGCACAGUUGUGCGUUAUGAGUAUAUUGUUAUAUGUCUCAUGGUGCUGGUGGCAAUCUUUUCGAUUAUCUGGAGCGUUUCCUUGCACAUGUUGUCGGGCGAUUUCAAUGCGGGAAUCAUCAGUGCCAAAAUAACGUUUAAGGAUCGCGACUUUGACCAACUGAAUGCGAAGAGCAAAGAGAUUAUCAAACAGGAUCUGCAGAAUCUGGGACAACUGUCGUAUGAAUACGAAGAAACGCCGCAACCGCUGAAGAGCGACAGCCAAACUAAGAAGCCAAAAUACAAAUUCGAACAUAUCUACGAGACAAAGGACAAUGCGCUACUGCUAGCGCGUUUGGUCAGCGAUCAGGAGCGAGCGCCGGAGGAUGUAACAACCACAACAAAUGAGCCGCCCAAGAUUGUGCCGAAUGCUGAAGCGGAUCUCAAAUUUCUGUCUAGCCAGUCUAUAGACACACAUGGCACUCGCUGGAGUCGCGGCAUUGGCGCUCAAUUUGUUUACGCCUUUCCAGUGAUAUCGGAAAUUGUGGCCAUUAUCUGGACGGCCAUGUGUCUCAUCUAUCAAACGGGCAGCAAGAAAACAUCUGUCUUGCCCAAGCCUUGGCGCAUUGUCGUGCCCUCCAUAUUGAUCUUCUCGCUGAUGAGCCUGGGCAGCGCAGCAUAUACGAUACUGACCAAUGGCUAUCUGCGCCGGCUGUGCGGGCAAUUGCGGCAGAGUCUCACUAAUCCACUGGCCAUUAGUUGUGGAGAUGCCAUUGCUCUGCUGCGUCCGCGCAUUCACGAACACAGCAUCUCGCAUGAUGCAUAUCUGGAUCUGUUUCGCUGCAGCUACAUCAUCAGCAUGAUCCUGUGGUUCCUGGCCCUGCUGAUCAUGGUGCUGCGCUAUGUGCUCGCCAUUGAUUUCCAGCUGGUUGACAUUGAGGACAUGUUCGAUCGACCGCUGCAGCCGGUCUAUACGGAGGUGCAGCAAAGCAGUCCACAGCACAAGCAGCAGCUGAGACCCAGGUCCGAGGAUGAUUUCCAGAGCGCCAAGUCACGACUCAGCGAUAUCACAGUGCCGCUGCUCGAUGCGAAGACCCAUGAACAACAACAACAACAACAGCAGCAACAAAUACACUUGACAACUGUCGCCUAAGCCUUGACUUUGUCACAAGCAAAAGCACAUCAGAAAUCUCAGGUUUAUUUUUAUACGAUUCUUUUAGCGAACAAAGCAGAGCUCCAAAGGGCGGAACUAAAAGAGAUUGAGCAAGAA